AAAAAAAAAACGAAGAAAGAAAGUUAUUUUACUUAUAUCUAAUUUUUCUCUUUUCGACAACGAAGAUUCGUAAUUUCUUCUCCUUUUCUUUUCUUUUUUGUUCUUUUUUUCUCUCUUUUUUUCUACAAUCGUUAUGGCACGACGACACAGGCAUAUGAUCGCAUAUAGGAUAUUAUUCGUGAUAGCCAUACCUGCUAUGUACUUCCUUUGCGUUAGUAUCACUGGAUAUAAUCCAAAAGAUCCUACAUCUGUGAGCGGUUAUAGGAAGGCUCAUUUUCGCAAACUCUUACAAACGGUGGAAGUGCAAAAGGAAAUUAUAGGAGAGAAUUGCACAAGACCGGCCAUUGAUGAGUUCCCAUCGGAUGGAUUAACGCGAGCAGAACGACGAUCUGGUUUCAUAGCGAUACAUUUCGCCAUUGCUAUUUAUCUCUUUUUACUUUUGGCGAUCAUCUGUGACGACUUUUUUGUACCUGCGAUAAAGAAAAUAUGUGAAAAGAUGAAAGUGAGCGAGGACGUCGCCGGUGCAACCAUAAUGGCAGCAGCCAGCUCCAGUCCAGAAUUAUUCAUCAAUGUUAUUGGAACUUUUAUAACGGAAGGAGAUUUAGGUGUAGGCACGAUCGUUGGUUCCGCUGUGUUCAACAUACUUGCUGUGCCAGCUUGCUGUGGAUUAUUUGCCAAACAGACACUACAUUUAGAAUGGUGGCCCAUCACACGCGAUACCUUGGCAUACUCUUUCACUGUACUUUUAUUGAUCAUAACACUUCGAGACGGUCGUAUCGAGUGGUACGAAGGCUUGAUUCUCAUCAUAUUUUAUAUACUUUAUAUUUCGGCAAUGUUUUUCAAUGGAAGAAUCAAUGGAUUUAUAAAACGUGUCACGUCGAAGAGAAAAGCGUACAAGAGUAUCUCCGAGAAUAGUCCUCUUAUUUCUAGCACGUACAUGAAAAACGGCAACAUCGAGAAUUUCGGUACGAGCGAGAAGGAAGAAGCACUUGAAAUCGUAAGUAUGACAAGUUGGCCGAGCUCGAAGUACGAAAGAAUAUGGUGGGUUUUAACAUGGCCGAUCAAUCUGGUACUGCUCGUUACGAUUCCAGAUUGCAGGAGACCGAAAUUAAGAACAUGGUAUCCUUUAACAUUCAUCAUGUGCAUCAUAUGGAUCGCUAGCACGUCUUACAUAGUAGGAUGGGUAAUAACGAUUAUCGGUGAUACAUUCGAUAUUCCUGACUCGAUCAUGGGAUUGACUUUCCUCGCGGCUGGUAUGAGCGUGCCUGAAGCUGUAUCUAGCGUUAUCGUAACAAAUCAAGGUCUUGGAUCCAUGGGAAUAAGUAAUUCGAUAGGUUCGAAUGUAUUCGACGUUCUACUUUGUUUAGGAUUACCAUGGUUUGUGAAAGCCGCCAUAAUACCAACCAUACCAGGGGAACAUAGCAUUAAAAUUAAUUCGCAGGGUCUCGUUUAUAGUUCUGUAUCUCUUUUUUCUACAUUAUUCAUCCUAUACGUAUCUCUCGCGUGUAACAAAUUUAAAUUAAAUCGUGGCAUCGGUAUAACAUGUCUUAUUACAUACGCCAUUUUUUUAAUAUUCGCAUCGAUCGUAGAACUUAACAUCUUUUUUGUCGUUAAUUUACCUAUAUGCAAUCACUGACAAUAAUUAUUAAAUAUGCAUUUACUUGCCCGUAGGCUUUCUAUACAAAGGCAACAUUAUUUCAGAUACAUAUGUAUUAAAUAGAAUAAGUUCGUUAAUGUGCUAGUCAAUUAUUUGUAACAUUUCCAUUUAGUACAUUACGAUAUAUCAUUAUUGAAUAACAUGAAUUUAAAUGUAUUUCGUGUUAGGUAUAUUUUUUAAUUAAAUUCAUACUUAACGCAUGUUACAUAUAUAGAAAUAUAAGAGAAAUAUAUAUAUAUAUAUGUGUGUGUGUGUGUGUACAUGUGAAAAUGUAAAUAUAUAUCUUAUUUACCUUUUAUAUUAUUAAGAACAUUAAAGAAAGGUAUUGAUAUAUAUCAGAAGGAAGUAUCAUUUAUCACGCAUAUGUUGGUGUUAAUUUCUAUUAUAUUAUGACAAUAAGAGAAUCAAAAAGGAAUAUUAUUAAACAUAAAUUUGACAUAAAUGGUGGAUGAAUGGUCCAAAUCGAAAUAUUGUUAAAUAUUUAUUAAAAUGUAUUAGGUGUAUCGGUAAGUUCUGUUCGUAUCAGUUACAACAAAUUUCAAUAAUUAUGCAUAUAUUCAUUUGAUGCAUAUUUGGUUCUCUCUUUUUAUCACUGAAUAUAUACUGACCCAGAGAAUGAACUAAAAUGAAGAUAAUUCAUAUUAGUAGUAAGUGAGACGCGAUCAUGUACUCAUGACUACUGAUAAAGUUCAUUUACAUCACUGAAUUUUGUACGAAUUUCAAUGAGGAAGAAAUGCUACAGAAGCGUAUAAAAAUUUAUUGAAAGUAUUUGGUACAGUUCUUGAUAGAACAUGCAGAAGAUGGUUCAAAAAAUUUGAAAUAGCUUUGAUUUCGAUCUUUCUGAUAAGCUCUGGGCGACUAUUUUUGAUCGACGACGAUACUGUCAAGAUCAUGUUAAAGCAAAAUCCUUUUUUGACAAUAUCGGAGAUUAUGGAAAGGCUUGAUUCAGCUCAACAAAUCAUUUCAGACUAUAUUCGGAAAUUAGGAUUGGUAUGGAAAUCUUCGAGAUGAGUGUCAUAUGAGUUAAGUGAGAAGAAUUUGAAUGAUCGAUAUUAUAUCAUAUGCACAUCUCUACUUGCACGGAACAAAAUCGAACCCUUUUUGAACUGGAUGAUAACUGGGAGAUGAAAAGUGGAUUACUUUUUGGAAAAUAUCGUAAGGGAAAGGACAUAUUGUGAACCCGGAAAAUCUGCUGCCCCCUCCAUCUCUAAAACGAAUUUCGAAGACCAAUACAUUUUGAGCUGUUGAAACCGAACGAAAAGCUAAAUUCGGAGAAGUACUGUCAGCAAUUGGAUAAUUUAAAAAUAGCACUCCAAGAAAAGAGACCGGCGACGUUCAACAGGAAAGAUAUCAUAUUGCUUUAUGUUAAUGCCAGGUCGUAUACUGUUUUGGAGACUCGUCAGAAACUCAUAGGGCUAGAGUGGGAAAUUCUAUCGCAUUCACCAUACUCCCCGAAUCUAGUAACCUCUGAUUAUCACUUGUUUUUGUCCUUAGAAAAUUUUUUCCAGGGCAAAAAUUUCAAAAACGAUGAAGAUAUCAGACAAACACUGGUUCAAUUUUUUGCUCCUAGGGAUGAGGCAUUUUUUAAAAAUGAGAUGUACAAAUUGUCAUCACGCUAGUAAGAAGUUAUAAAAAAUAAUGGCAAUUAUAUCACUCAAUAAAAUUUAUUCAAGUUAUUAUUUCAUUCAAUUAAAGUUUAUUAUGAAAAAUGUA